AUGAACAUGUUGGACAAAGAAGACGACAGCUUUCAUGCCACACGUGAAGACUGCACCCAUCUGAGUGACUCAGAAUGGGAGUUUGUCGGCCGCAUGAGUGUGCUCAUGGGCGAACCCGCCAUCAGUGGUAUGUUGGAGUCUCUCAGCAGAGACCAGCAGCACGCUGCAAUUAACAAAUUCCUACAAGGUGAACUUGAUAUUGAAGACAGAAGAUAG